CCCCUCGUGGGCUUCAUGCAUCCCCCAGGCAGGGGGAGAGAUGUCCUGACCCCCCGCCGUUGCCCCGCAGCCCCCCCGCAGCCACUUCUCCAACAUCGAAGCCAGCGAGAGCGAGGAGGUGCGGCAGUUUCGGAGGCUUUUCACCCAGCUGGCCGGAGAUGACAUGGAGGGGAGCGCCUCGGAGCUGAUGAACAUCCUCAACAAGGUGGUGACGCGACACCCUGACCUGAAGACGGACGGCUUCGGCAUCGCCACGUGCCGCAGCAUGGUGGCCGUCAUGGACAGCGACACGACGGGGAAGCUCGGCUUCGAGGAGUUCAAGUACCUCUGGACCAACAUCAAGAAGUGGCAGUGCAUCUACAGGGACUACGACACCGACCGGUCCGGCACCAUCGGGAGCCAUGAGCUGCCCAGGGCCUUCGAGGCGGCCGGUAAGGACCACCCCGCUCCCCGCCAGCGAGGGGUUAAUAUAAGCUCUAGCUCUCCCCCCACCCCAGGUGCCUUCAAGUCACUGGACAAGGAGGGCAACGGGCAAAUCCGCGUGAGCCUCCAGGAGUGGCUGCAGCUCACCAUGUACUCCUAAGUGCUGACAGACCCCGCUGUGCCCCCUGCGCUCCCCUGUCCUCCUGCUGCCUCCCCCCCGGACCCGGGUCGCCCCAUGGGUCCUAGCUGCCGGCCCCGUGCCGGGCGCUGUACGUGUGGUUCUCUCUGCCAGGCAUGGGGGUUUCUCCCGCGGAUCUUGCGCCCCCCCCAUAAGCUUCUUGGGGGCAGGACAAGGCUCACUGUCAAGGACGCGUGGGCCGGUGGCAGAGGGGGCCGGGGGGCCGUGUGCCAGCUGCCUGCCCCCCACCCUGGCUGUGUUUUCUACUGCUCUGUAGGAAGGAUAAUAAAGGUCUCCGAUAACA